CCUUGUGCAUAGAAGGGCUCUGCCCUCUCCCCAGCAGCAUGGCUGAGCUCAGGGAGGUUCCAGGAGGGCGAGAAACCCCUCAGGGGGAGAUUCGACCUGAGGUUGUAGAGGAUGAGCUUAGGCGGAGUCCAGUAGCAGAGGAGCCCCAAAGAGGCAGAAGCAACAGCAACGAAGCCAAAUUAUCCCCAAGAGAGGAAGAAGAACUGGACCCUAGAAUACAGGAGGAGCUGGAACAUCUGAAUCAGGCCAGUGAAGAGAUCAACCAGGUGGAGCUACAGCUGGAUGAGGCCAGAACCACCUAUCGGAGGAUCCUACAGGAGUCAGCAAGGAAGUUGAAUACACAGGGUUCCCACUUAGGGAACUGUAUUGAGAAGGCCCGUCCCUAUUAUGAGGCUCGGAGACUAGCUAAGGAGGCCCAGCAAGAGACACAGAAAGCAGCACUACGUUAUGAACGGGCUGUGAGCAUGCACAAUGCUGCCAGGGAGAUGGUGUUUGUGGCCGAGCAGGGUGUUAUGGCUGACAAGAACCGGCUGGAUCCCACAUGGCAGGAGAUGCUCAACCAUGCCACCUGCAAGGUAAAUGAGGCAGAGGAGGAGAGGCUUCGUGGUGAGCGGGAGCAUCAGCGAGUGACUCGACUGUGCCAGCAGGCUGAGGCUCGAGUCCAGGCCCUACAGAAGACCCUCCGUCGGGCCAUUGGCAAGAGUCGUCCUUACUUUGAGCUGAAGGCGCAGUUCAGCCAGAUUCUAGAGGAGCACAAGGCCAAGGUGACAGAGCUGGAGCAGCAGGUGGCCCAGGCCAAGACUCGCUAUUCAGUUGCCCUGCGCAACCUGGAGCAGAUCAGUGAACAGAUUCAUGCACGGCGCCGGGGCCUCUCCCCUCACCCUCCAGGCCAGCGGCGCUCUUCUCCUGUAGGAGCUGAAGCUGGGCCUGAUGGAGGCGAGGAGGGGGACAGUGGGAUUAUGGAGGGGGCUCAGGGAGGGGGCCUGGAGGAGGGUAUUAACCUGGACACUGACACCCUGAGCCUGCUGAGCCUGCGCACUGUGGCGUCUGACUUGCAGAAGUGUGACUCUGUGGAACACCUGCGGGGUCUCUCAGAUCAUACCAGUCUGGAUGGCCAGGACAUUGAUCAUCAGAGUGGCGAUCAUCGGGGUAGCUACAGUGGAAGCCACGGGGGCCGACAUCAGCGCAGUGUCAGCCUAUAGCCCUACACUUAGGGAAACUAGUUUGUGUCUUACCAGCCUACACAGGGCUGUAUCAGUCUCUAGUUUGCUCUGCUCUGGUCCUUGCUUACCUCAAAGAGAUCAGGUCAGAUCUCUUCAGAAGGCUUGUCUCUGGUUCACACAUCUCUUCAGCUGCUGACUGCUCACAGUCAGAAACCCUUUGCUGUACUCUUUCUGAUAACUCUCACCUUUCUGGCUUUUUCCCUCAGGGAACUUGUUUUAGAAGGCAAAUGGAAGCCAUCAGAGAAGGCUUGGCUUCUUGGCAUCUCAGCCCCAUCCUGAAUUUAUGAACAAAUGCCUUUCUGUAGUACUAGUCCUCCCAUUUUCUUCUCUAGUAGGGGCCCUGGAGAUGCUGCUGACCUCUUCUGGUGCCCUAUGCCUUGUCUUCGGUCCCAAAUGGUCCUUUUAUAACAUUUAGAUGUACUAUAAGAUUGUGUUCUCUGGAAGACAGUACUCUUUUAAAAACAUGCUUUUCAUGACCUAAGCCACUGUCCUCUGUGUAUCUUAAGGCAGGGCUCGAAGGGUGCCAGUGUCAAGAGUAGUGAAUCCUCAACCCCACUGUCAGUUUUACGGUACCACCAUCUCCAAAUAGUCUCCAGUGAGUAAGGCAAUGGCCCAGCUAGACUGGGCCCUUAACAUUGCCCAGGGUGCUAGUAGAAACCUAACAAGAUUAAAUGUAUAGAGAUUUAGUGUUGUGUUUUCUGAUGGUUGAGAUCCCUUCCGUUUCUGCUGUGGAGUUCCUAGACCGAAGAUAAGCACCUUCCUGCAGGGAGUAUUUGGAAAUUGGUGCUUAACUGCUCUCAUUGUUCUUCCCCAACUAUACCAUACCUAAUCUAAAUCUCUUGGGGAAGGCACAGGUCUCGUUGUCAGGCUUUCUCUAAUGCCAGGGAUUGGCCUGCGGUGCCACACUGUCCACAGGGAACAACUCUAGGUAUCUGUUGCUCUUAGGAUGUGUUUGGGGAUAAAGGUGGAGAAAACACAUAAGAUCUGGUUGCCUUGGGAAAGCCAGUCCUUCUGUCUCAUCUUUAAGGCUGAAAAGUGGGAUCUUGACAAAGCUUCUACCUAGCUUUUGCUGCCAUCAGUUAUACGAGAGGAUGUUGCCAGAUGGCUUUGCUCUGAAUCACAGAUUUGAGGUGGAUAGGGAUGGGGGAAGAAAGAGUGGAACAUGAGCAUGUGUGCAUGCAUGCAUAGGCCUCUGUGUGUGUGUGUGUGUGUGUGUGUGUGUGUGUGUGUGUGUGUGUGCGCGCGCGCGCCCCUCUUUAAAUAAAAUAUUGUUUAAUAGUCAAGUUUAUUUUCCUUGUCCAGGGAGAAAGAAGGUGAAAGAGAUCAAUACAGAGAAAGGGGGAAGAACAGACUUGGUUUAUUUGGUUUAUGGAGGUUUCUUUUGCUGAAUUGGUCAGGAAGGACUCCUCUGGAGGUGAACAUGGCCAUGGGAGGAGGAAAAUUAAGAAUGCUGUGAAGGUGGCUCAUGGUUUGUGACAACGGGGAUUGUGAACUAUGUGAGGAUGGAUGGAGCUGUUGGAGAGCUGAAGCUUUAUUGUUCUCUGAAAGAGGUGUGAUGGGUGUGAGAAGCUGUGCUUGGAGUCUGCAGUGGUUGUUGAAGCCACUAUGGUAGCCUAGGUGAUUGAUGCGGGUGCUGGAGGACAAGACUGUGCAUAUCUGGAUGUGAGCAUGAAGGGGAGGGUAUACAUACUGUUGUGGAUUUUAACAAAGCUGUGUAUUUACAUAUGAUACCCAGUUAUACUUGAUUUCAUUGUCUAUGUAAAAUUAAAAUAUAAAUAAAUGUAAGUGUAAUUCCCAAGAUAGGGCUUUACCGGUUGAGAGUGGGAGGGUUUUACAUGCUUUUGUACUCACAGCUUUAUAGUCUGUGAAACAUGGGGAAAUCUUCAGGGAAGGGAUGAGAACUUGAGCCAAGGAAUUGGAGAUCUGGAGAAUGGGGUAUUUAUGUGUUAACUAAAAUAUCACUGCCACCUGGGGAAAGGAAUAAAACUUAAAUGUUUUAGAGUUUUUUGUUUUUUGGGUUUGUUUUUAUUUUUUUCAGUUUGUUUGCUUUGAGCCACACCUGGCUGUACUCAGGACUGGUUUUGUGCUCAGGGAUCAUUCCUGGCAGGCUCAGGUGACCAUAUGGGAGACUGGAGAUCAUACCUGGUUGAACAUGUGCAAGGCAAGUUCCUCGGCCCCUAGUUUUCAGAGUUUUAAUUAGGGGCUGCCUAAGGAAAACAAACAAUUCUGAUUACUUUCUUCACCUUACCCAUAAGGCAGAUCCACAACAGGUGGGAACAGGUGGGCUAUUUUCAAUAGAAAAAAGAUUAUAUUAUAAUCUUUUAAAGUAGCAGUAUUUUUCUUUAAAGGGUAUAUGUGAAU